AGACUUGUGUACACAUCCUGCCCAAUAUUAAUUUAUGAUAAUCAGAGCGUAUCUUAAAUCGACACUUGAACAUUCCAAAAGCUUUAGACAUGCAAUGAGUGGAAAUUAAAACGAAAGUGAAACACAUAAAACUAAGAGCGGUCGGAAGAGAACCUAUCUUUGACAUGAUCUUUAAGAAGAACAAACAUAGCUACGUUGCGAUUUCGAGAAACGAUGGACAUGUUCCUAAGUUUUCUGACAAUUGAGCAUCAACUUUUCGGCAAUUCUGUGUAAUGGCGUAUGGACACAAUUCGAAACCAACUUCACUCCUUACCAAAGACAACAAAGCACAAUUAUCGUCAUGGAUUGGUAAAAAAUGCCAAUUUGAGUUGCUGUACAAAAUAAGCAGGGAUGGCUGUUGCUCAAGUACGUUUCAUGAUAUCUGUGACGGAGAAGGCCCCACAGUUACCAUACUAUACAACACAGACACCACUGUUUACGGAGGAUUCCUGUCUCAGAGUUGGACGUCAUCUGGAAACUACAUCGAUGACCCAAACGCUUUCUUAUUCAUUCUAUCUCACCAAAGCGUCCAAAGUCCUCGAAAGUUUCCUCUGACCGAUCAUACAAAGGCUGCAUUUGCUCACAAUCUAUUUGGACCAACUUUUGGAGAAGUUAGUGGGAGAGAUAUGAUACGUCUGCCACAGAAUCGCGGUCAAAAUUAUCUUUUCAGUGGUCUUCAAAUGUGGAAAGGAAAUAUUGACAACAGUUUAAUGCAACCAUAUCUGAUAAGUUUCCAAAAUACAGUAUAUGCUUCGAAUCCACGAUGUUCUCCAGGCUAUGGGUCACCGCAUGCAAACAACAGCAAUCAAGUCUUCAAUCUUAAUGGGGAAGUCAAUUUUGGUGUAAACUCUGAUGGACAAUACAUGAAUAUGAACAAUAUCAACUAUAUGCUUGUGUCCGAUUUAGAAGUUUAUUCAGUGAAAGCUGUGGUCAUUCAACAGGCAUCAAAUUUAAGACAACUUAAUACAACACACGAAGUAUCCAAACAAUGGCGGGAACCACCUCAGUGGAGUGAGCAGAGUUUUCAACAAUUGAAAGACUUUGUCUCCAGGUACAAGCCAUUACCUGACAUGAAGAUCUCGGAGGUCAAUAUUUUACUGGUAGGACAGAUCAACGCUGGAAAGUCUAGUUUUUUCAACACUUUGAACUCCAUUUUUCGUGGGGAAAUAUCUGCACGCGCAUGCGCCGGAAGUUCGCAGCACAGUCUUACUACAGAUCUUCGGAAAUAUAGAAUACGUAACCGGGCAACCAGUGGUUAUCUGAAUUUCCGGCUUUGUGACACCCGUGGAUUAGAGGAAGAAAUGUCCAUGCAUCUGCAGGACAUGGCGCUUCUUCUGGAUGGACAUUUAUCAGACCAGUAUAAGUUUAACCCAAUGGCACAUGCCACCCAAAGAGAUCUGGGUGUUGUCCUUAACCCAACGUUUCAGGAUAAGAUUCAUUGUGUGGCUUUUGUGGUGGAUGGAAGUUCCAUUGACGUCAUUAAAGGAAACGUUUCCCAAAAAUUGAUGCAUUUUCGUUCUUUGAUGAUUGAAAGAGGAAUUCCACACGUUGUUUUCCUGACAAAAUUAGACAAGGUUUGUCCUAUGGUUGACGAAGAUGUUCGAAAAAUCUAUCAAAGUCAAGCCUGUAAAAAAGCCAUAGAAACAGCAGCUGACGUCAUAGGAAUUCCUCGAGGUCACGUGUUUCCGGUCAAAAAUUACGAACAAGAAACUCAAUUACAAAGAAAUGUCAGUAUUGUUGCUCUGACAGCAAUGAGACAGACGCUGGUGUUUGCUGAUGACUACCUAGAAGAUCAGUACGAGCUUCAGUCUGACCAAUAGAUUCUGAUUAAAGAUAUAAUCUUACUAAGUACACAUAUUACAUCUGUACUAAACUUUUACGACCCACUUUCAUUCAGAUGCACUCUAAUUAAAGUAUAUAUGAUGUUAUGCUUAAUAAAGGAUAAAAAAAAGAAACA